AUGCCGUACAUUUUGGUGGAAACGAUUGAUCCUGCCGGGGAUAAGGAGCUGCUUGCUGUGCCAGCAACCUGGGUUCAACGGCAUGAUAAUGGAAGUGCGUAUCUUUGUUGGCCUUCGGUGCGGAGCAUUCGUAAAUUGAACGCACUGUUUCAAGACGAAUACAGCAUACCGACAGAGGUAUGGGAGCGAUAUGAAUGUGAAGUUCUAUGCCGAAACAUACAAUCGUUGACAUCGGCCGACAAAAUGAUCGAAACGAUGGAAAUGCAGUACGAUUCGGAUGAAAUCGAACCAAAUAAACCUACGCCUGACCUGGAGAAUAGUACAGCCCAACACAGAGCACAAAGCAAACAGCAUCAUCAGUGGACAAAGUCGGAAACGAACCGUCAGAAAGGAAAGGUGCAGAAACUACUCGCACGCAUAAACACACAGGAGAAUGAUCCACUGGGAGAUGCGAAACCGUGCCCACAGCUGCUGAGCCUGAUGUACGAUUUGAAAAGCUUAAUUCAGAGCAAUCAGGUAGAGAUCAGACAGAAACUAAAGAAAGGAUUCGGUCAGGUGGAAAAAUCAUUACUUGCGAAGCAAAUCGAAUCGAAUGCCAUGCAGUACGCCAUGGAACGCAUGGAAUCGAACGCGCUGGGGAAUGUUUCAUCGUUCCCACCCGUUCCGCAGUUUAAAGUUAACCUGCUAACCGAGAUGGACGAACUGGAAAACUUUGAAAAACAGUUGAAUGACAAAGAAUAUCAGAAGAAAGUACACUGCUGGAUCGAUACCACCCUGGGUCUAGAGCGAGAUCCCGAGCAUAGGAUGCACACCAUACUGGACCUAAUAAUAUCCCGCAAACUAUUUGCUGGUUUCAGCUGGACCGGUGCCGGUAAAGAGAAGCGCCCGAUGUACGUACACAAAAACAUUCUCGGAUUGUUUGAGUAUGCCGGUACCACUCCCAUGCAUCGUGCGAACCACAUUACGGUGGAGCUUUUUAUGCGUAAAAAAUUGCACAAUUCGGCCACCAGGGUUAAGGUGCUUGGGGUUCGCAAAAGUGUGCCCCAUCGUCGCAGACGCACAGAGGCUAGACAAUCGAAGGCAUUUCAAGCAGCGGAAGCGGCAAGCUAUGAAACUAGUAGCGUAAGAUCACAGGAUAUGGCAUCGUCUACCAUUACACAAGCGUUCGAGUUGGAAGCGCAGGAAGAUGAAGUGAAGCUCGAACAAUCGUCAUCAUCUUCAUCAUCAUCAUCCUCUGUAUUUUAG